AUGGUGGGAGUGCUCAGAACCUCAUCCCACCUGCUGCUGGUGGCGUUUGGGGUCGAGAGCGCUCCCUCCACCAGACACUGCUUAACCAUGCUGACUGGGACGCCGGGCAACAAAGGCUACACCGCAGCGGUGUGGUUCUUUGAUCCCUGUGUUCCCUGGACCUGCCCAAGCUGGAAAGAAAAUGUUUCCGUAGGGUCCGGAACAGAGUCUGACAGUGAUGAAUCCGUACCAGAGCUCGAAGAGCAAGACUCCACACAGGCCACCACACAGCAGGCACAGCUUGCAGCAGCAGCUGAAAUAGAUGAAGAACCCGUUAGCAAAGCAAAACAGAGCCGGAGUGAAAAGAAAGCACGGAAGGCAAUGUCAAAACUGGGCCUUCGCCAGGUGACGGGAGUGACCAGAGUCACCAUCCGGAAAUCUAAGAACAUCCUCUUUGUCAUCACAAAGCCAGACGUGUACAAGAGUCCAGCAUCAGACACCUAUAUAGUCUUUGGCGAAGCAAAGAUCGAAGACCUGUCCCAGCAGGCCCAGCUGGCAGCUGCCGAAAAGUUCAAAGUUCAAGGAGAAGCUGUUUCAAACAUCCAAGAAAACACACAGACCCCCACCGUGCAGGAGGAGAGCGAGGAAGAGGAGGUUGACGAAACCGGCGUCGAGGUGAAAGACAUUGAGCUGGUGAUGUCGCAGGCGAACGUGUCACGAGCGAAGGCAGUCCGUGCCCUGAAGAACAACAGUAACGAUAUUGUAAAUGCGAUAAUGGAGUUGACGAUGUAGCUGCCAGAGGGAGGAGCCUUUUUUGGUGUUUCAGAGAAGAGUAAAAUGCAACUAAAUUUAAAAUUUGUACUAUUUCUAUCAAUUAAUAAAAGUUGUGGCUUAUUGUUGGUGAAA